AUGCAUCGGUUUAAACUCUCCCUCCAAUUCCUGAAACCCGCAUCCUACAAUUACUUGAAGCCCCGACCCUUUUCCUCAACCCAUUUAGAGGAUUACGGGUCCCUCGCCUGCCGGCUCAAGACCCGGUCGGUCAUCCGGUUCAAAGGCCCCGACACCGUCAAGUUCUUGCAGGGUCUGGUGACCAACGAUGUUCGGAGGUUCGGGGAACCGGAAAGCAACAGCAGCAGCUCUAAUUCUGCUGUCGGAACUCCGAACUUGCCGUUGUAUGGGGUGCCGCCGGUGUACACUGCUGUAUUGUCUCCUCAGAGCAAGUUUUUGUUCGACAUGUUUCUUUAUAGGCCGCCCCGGUCCGAUGAGAAGCUCGACAAUACGGGAUCAGGUCCGGGGCCUAAUCCGGGUGAGUUCGAGCUGUUUGCCGAUGUUGAUGCUUCUUGCCUGGAUGAACUCGUGACGACCCUAAAAAGAUACCGGUUGAGGUCCAAGGUUGACAUCGAAAAUGUUACCGAGGAUUUUUGCUGCUGGCAGAGAUUUGGUACAGAACUUACCCAUCAGUCCUCAUCUACAGAGGAACCAGAAGCGGAAUCACUAGGCUGGGGUGGUGGCAUUGAUCAUGCAGGUGCAUCAUCUUCAGAAGGAAGUAAAGAUGGAUGGGAAUGGUAUCAGGAUCCCAGAUGUGGUUGCCUUGGAUAUAGGGGCAUCUUUCCUUCCCAGACGACACCCCCUCAUGUUGAGGCAGACAAAGAAGCUGAGGAAAACCAUUUUGUCCUCUGGAGAUUGGAUAAGGGAAUAGCAGAAGGCUCGUCAGAGAUUCCAAAAGGUGAGGCAAUGCCCCUAGAAUAUAACCUGGAUGGUUUGAAUGCAAUAAGCUUUGACAAAGGAUGCUACGUAGGACAAGAACUUGUGGCUCGAACACAUAAUGUUGGGGUUAUUCGAAAGCGAUUGCUUCCUUUAGAGUUUCUGGAUGACAAUGGAAAGGAGGUGGAAGGUAAAGUAGUUCCAAAAUUACAAGUGAUUGCCGAAUCAUCUGGGAAAAAAGUGGGGACCAUCACUGCAGCACUUGGGAGCCGUGGCCUUGGUCUUCUACGCUUGGAUGCAGCUUUCAAAGAGCCAGGCUCUUUGUCCAUACAAGGUCAAGAAAAUGUCAAGGUCAAGGCCCGUAAACCAGAUUGGUGGCCAUCUUGGUGGCUUGCGGAGGAUCAACAGAGUGCGGUAGCUUAGGGUAUUCAUUUUUAACAUCUGAGUUAUUGGCUUCAGUAAUAGUUGGUUCUGUUAAGCAGAUAGAUUGCUCUUUGUUUAAAUGUCUUGUCCUCCCGCUUGAUGAACAUGUGAAAAAGUACUCUAAUUUUAAGUGAAUAAAAGUUGAAUUAGUUACCUGAGGAUGUUUUUUGCACAGUAUGACUGGUA